UUUUGACUUCCGGGUCACCUAGCGCUUCCUCCCAGCGUUUUCUUUUGGCGUAACGGGUAACUUUGUACUUCCGGGUUAGUGAGUGACCUUGAGGCUUCAAAAGCAAGAUGGCGACUCUCUUGAGGCUCAGUGUACUCUGCGGUGCCCAGGGAUCCCGAGGUCUGUUCCUUCGAACUCCGGUGGUCAAGCCUGCUCCUGUCCCAGCGCUUCUCCAAGACCGACUUUCCCCGGGCUGGUGUGGAGUGCAGCACCUUCACCUGUCCCCGCGCCGGCUCUCUGGUUCCAAGGCUGCGUCUCUCCACUGGACCAGUGAGAGAGUGGUCAGUGUUUUGCUUCUCGGCCUGCUUCCCGCUGCAUAUUUGAACCCUUGCUCUGCAGUGGACUACUCCUUGGCUGCAGCCCUCACUCUCCAUGGUCACUGGGGUCUUGGACAAGUGGUUACUGACUACAUUCAUGGAGCUGCACCUCAGAAAGCUGCCAAGGCAGGUCUUCUGGCCCUCUCGGCUUUAACCUUUGCUGGGCUCUGUUAUUUCAACUACCAUGACGUGGGCAUAUGCAGAGCCGUUGCCAUGCUCUGGAAGCUCUAAUCUUUUGGACUUAAGACCUUAGGAGUUGAUUGUAUGCCUCUUUGCCUCUGCUCAUGCCAUUCAUCGCACAGUAAGCAAAAAGUUAACAGAUGAGUCCAUCGGUCCUUAUCAGGUGGUCAUUUUUACAAUUUAACUUUGAGGAAACGGUUUGAGCGGAAUUGCAUCCAAGAAAUAGGGAGACUGAGUUCUGUGUUUUGGUGAGUCAAUGGAGUUGUCUCCCAGCUCACAAAAAGUAUAACUGAACAUUGCAUAUGAGCUUUUGCCUUUUAAUUUAUCAGUCUUUUUAUUAAGGAGAAUUCAGCUUUAUUAACUGUCAAUACAUGAUCAUACUUUUGUAUUUCUCCUGGGAAUAAUAGACAAAGGGAAAGACUGUUAAUUUAUGAGUUAAUAGUUUGCAGAAAAUAAGACUUUAAUUUUUGGAAAUGUCCUUGAUUGUUCAUUUGGUACCAGCUGAUGGUGAUUAUUUUGUGUCCUAGAGAAACUUUGAAAUUGGGGAAACUGAUAUCUCAUAUUACAGAUUUCUGAAUCCUAGGAAGGAAAGCUUAGAGAGUUUCUGAUUUUAGAGACCCACUUAGGGAAGAAAUUUUCUUGCAGAUGGAUCAGAAAAUUACCAAUUCCCAACAUAAGUAAUUCUCAAAUGUAUUCUGCUUGUUCUAAAAUAAUCUGUCCACAAAUAUAAAACUGUAAGUAAUAAAUUACUUUCCCAUUUGGGAAUUGCCAAUGAGAAAAUGUAUCCUGUUUAAAGAAACUUUUUAAAAAUAAAAUGUUGUAUAAUAAAAAUGUAUUCUACUCUUA